ACCAUGGCUGCGGCGGCCCAGUUCUCCUUGACACAGUUAUCAAGUGGGAAUCCUGUGUAUGAAAAGUACUACAGACAGGUCGAUACAGGCAAUACUGGAAGGGUAUUGGCUUCUGAUGCUGCUGUUUUCCUGAAAAGAUCAGGGCUUCCAGAUUUGAUACUUGGAAAGAUUUGGGAUUUAGCUGACACAAAUGGCAAAGGAAUUCUGAACAAACAAGAAUUCUUUGUUGCUUUGCGUCUUGUGGCAUGUGCCCAGAAUGGAUUGGAGGUUUCACUGAGUAGCUUGAACCUGGCUGUUCCUCCACCAAGAUUUCAUGAUACCGGUAGUCCUUUGCUAGUCAGUGGAACCUCUGUAGCCGAGCUCCCAUGGGCUGUAAAAUCUGAAGAUAAGGCCAAAUAUGAUGCAAUUUUUGAUAGUUUAAGCCCAGUGAAUGGAUUUCUUUCUGGUGAUAAGGUGAAACCAGUGUUGCUCAACUCUAAGUUACCUGUGGAUAUCCUUGGAAGAGUUUGGGAGUUGAGUGACAUUGACCAUGAUGGAAUGCUUGACAGAGAUGAGUUUGCAGUUGCCAUGUUUUUGGUAUACUGCGCAUUGGAGAAAGAACCUGUGCCAAUGUCCUUGCCUCCUGCCUUGGUGCCACCUUCUAAGAGAAAAACGUGGGUUGUAGCCCCUGCAGAAAAGGCUAAAUAUGAUGAGAUCUUCUUGAAAACUGAUAAAGAUAUGGAUGGAUUUGUGUCUGGAUUGGAAGUCCGUGAAAUUUUCCUGAAGACAGGUUUACCUUCUACUUUACUAGCCCAUAUUUGGACAUUAUGUGACACAAAGGACUGUGGGAAGCUUUCAAAGGAUCAGUUUGCCUUGGCUUUUCACUUAAUCAAUCAAAAGUUAAUAAAGGGCAUUGAUCCUCCUCACAUUCUUACUCCUGAGAUGGUUCCACCAUCAGACAGGGCCAGUUUACAGAAGAACAUCAUAGGAUCAAGUCCUGUUGCAGAUUUCUCUGCUAUUAAGGAGCUAGAUACCCUUAACAAUGAAAUAGUUGACCUACAGAGGGAAAAGAAUAAUGUGGAGCAGGACCUUAAGGAGAAAGAAGAUACUAUUAAACAGAGGACAAGCGAGGUUCAGGAUCUUCAAGAUGAAGUUCAAAGGGAGAAUACUAAUCUGCAAAAAUUACAGGCCCAGAAACAGCAAGUACAGGAACUCCUUGAUGGACUGGAUGAGCAGAAAUCCCAGCUUGAGGAGCAACUGAAGGAAGUUAGAAAGAAAUGCGCUGAGGAGGCCCAGCUGAUCUCAUCCCUGAAAGCUGAAUUGACUAGUCAAGAAUCACAGAUCUCCACUUACGAGGAAGAGCUGGCCAAAGCUAGGGAGGAGCUGAGUCGCUUACAGCAAGAAACGGCAGAAUUGGAGGAGAGUGUGGAGUCAGGGAAGGCUCAGCUCGGACCUCUUCAGCAGCACCUCCAAGAUUCACAACAGGAAAUCAGUUCAAUGCAGAUGAAACUGAUGGAGAUGAAAGAGCUGGAAAACCAUAAUAAUCAGUUAAAUUGGUGCAGUAGCCCACACAGCAUUCUUGUAAAUGGUGCUACAGAUUAUUGCAGCCUCAGCACCAGCAGCAGUGAAACAGCUAACCUUAAUGAGCAUGCUGAAGGCCAAGGCAACCUGGAGUCUGAGCCCAUACACCAGGAAUCUCCAGCAAGAAGUAGUCCUGAAAUACUGCCUUCUGGUGUGACUGAUGACAACGAAGCGGUGACUACAGCUGUUAGUGAGAAAGUUUGUUCUGAAUUUAAUAGUGACAGACAUUCAAAAGAGGGAGAUCCAUUUAAUGUAGAAUCAAGUUCACUGCCUGAUCCAGUUGCAGAUACAAACUUGGAUUUUUUCCAGUCUGAUCCUUUUAUUGGCAGUGAUCCUUUUAAGGAUGAUCCUUUUGGGAAAAUUGAUCCAUUUGGAGGUGAUCCUUUCAAAGGUUCAGAUCCAUUUGCAUCUGACUGUUUCUUCAAGCAGUCCUCUACUGAUCCUUUUGCCACUUCAAGUACCGACCCUUUCAGCGCAGCCAACAAUGGCAGUAAUACUUCGGUAGAAACAUUGAAGCACAAUGAUCCUUUUGCUCCUGGUGGAACAGUUGUUGUUGCAGCAAGUGAUUCAGCCACAGAUCCCUUUGCUUCUGUUUUUGGAAAUGAAUCAUUUGAAGGUGGAUUUGCUGACUUCAGCACAUUAUCAAAGGUCAACAAUGAAGAUCCUUUUGGUUCAGCCACAUCAAGCUCUGUCAAUAAUGUGGUCAUUAAAAAAAAUGUGCUUGAGGAAACAUCAGUCAAAAGUGAAGAUGUACCCCCAGCACUGCCACCAAAGACUGGAACUCCAACAAGACCCUGCCCACCACCACCUGGGAAAAGACCCAUCAACAAAUUGGAUUCUUCUGAUCCUUUUAAACUGAAUGAUCCAUUUCAGCCUUUCCCAGACAAUGAUAGCCCUAAAGAAAAAGAUCCUGAUAUGUUUUGUGAUUCAUUCACUUCUACUACUACCACUGCUACCACUACCAAUAAAGAGGCUGACCCAAGCAAUUUUGCUAACUUCAGUGCUUAUCCCUCUGAAGAAGAUAUGAUCGAAUGGGCCAAGAGGGAAAGUGAGAGAGAGGAAGAGCAGAGGCUUGCCCGAUUGAAUCAGCAAGAGCAGGAAGACUUAGAACUGGCUAUUGCACUCAGCAAAUCUGAGAUAUCAGAAGCAUGAAGAAUUCUCCUGUCCUUUGUCAACCAUACAGUAUUCUUCUUCCUGAAUACUGAAGCUCUUUACAGUGUGUAUGAAAACUACCUAUGAGCAUGGGAAUACAAAAGGUUUGCAAUUCCUGUAAAUGUGACAAAAGUUUGUUUUGGUUUUUUGUUUUUGUUUCUUACUCCAUUUCAGAUUUGUCUUUUUUUUUUUCUUUCCACCUAUAAAAGCAGUAACCCAGUCAGACAACUUCACCUACACCCCUAUUCUGGUGUGCAUUUACUGUGAGCUUUUGCCUGCCUGUGCUUUUACUUGUAAAGCUAGAGUACCCAAGCUUCUGCCUUCUGGAAUAUACAGAAAUAGUUUCAUCCCUGUGCUACCCUUGUUCUGUAGUUACUCUGAUGAUAGCCAGUGGGGUUCUUAAAGUUUGCAGUACUCUUCUCUGAUUUGAAUGGUUGAGGGAGGGGAAGGGAAAGAACAUCCUAUUUCUUUUAUGAUAGUGAAAAUUGGCUAGUUUAAAGUAUAUGUUUGUAUUUCCUUAUAAUGAAUACCGUUCAAUUUGUUUUUUAUAGACCAGGAAAAAUAUUUUGCGUAAAUUGACUCCACUAUUGAAAAAGGAAUACUUUAGAUUGAACCAUUACAGCUUCAGAUUCAAUCUUGUCCUAAAUAAAAAUGUUAAAGCC